UUGAAUCUUAAACGGUCUAUUCGUUUUAUUUUACCACACUUGGAGAAUAUGAAAAUAAUUAAUACACACGACUCCUCAAGUGACGAUGAUGUGCCUUUGAAAUACUGUUCUACAAAUGGAUAUAACUGGUCUCGAUCCAACAGAAGUCUGUACCAAACAUAUGCUGAAUGCUGCGAAUUCUGCGAGAAGGUGUCACAUAACAGAUACGAAAGCUUAGUCCACAAUGCUACCCACAUUAUAAUACCUCUAAUAAAUCAGAAAGUGGUCACAUGCAAGGAAUGCCAGUUUUGUUUCACAUCACAAAAUGAUCUCCAACAUCACAUUCAAAUGAAACAUCCAAAUAUACCAUUACCACAUUGUAACAAUGCAAUUGACCAUAUAAAUAUAAUGGAAAGAAAAAGAAAAUCUAAAUCAAAAAUGGAAAGAAUGAAAAAUAGAAUACGAUUUGAAGAUGACGAAGAAUUUGAAAACAUCAACGAGCUCUUAGACGACUUAACUACAGAAUGCAAGGUCACUAUAGACAUAUCUGAUCAGCCAAUUUUAAAUAAAGCUCUUGAAGUUAGUAAAUGUAAUAUUAACAUCUUAUCUUAUCUGUCUGACAACACGGAUGAGAGAGACAAUAGUGUAAUGUAUAAAAAUAAAUAUGUAUUUGGAAGGUACAGUACGGUGAUCCCAGACGGCUUUGCCGAUGAGUGUAAGUCUUAUGUUAAUUCACAUAGUAAAAACAAUGAGGUGAAACUCAAUUUUGAUAAAUCAUCUAAUGAGAAAAAAUUAACGGAAGUGAACAAUUUGGAGGAUGUCGAGAAAUAUUACGAAAGUGUACAUUAUGAUGUUUUGAGGGAACCUAAAAUUGUUACAUGCAAGAGAUGCAAUCAAGUAUUUCCAGACAGAUACAGCCUCAUUAUGCACGAAGUGUCACAUAUAAUCUUUAACACGAGGUUGCCUCCCCUCUGUAUUACCUGUGACAAAUAUAUUGCUGGGACCAGGCAGAAUCUCAAUCACCAUAUCCGAACUCAUCAUUCGGACUAUGCAAAGGCCAACCGUACCAAGCGGAAGUGCCUGGAAUGUGGACUGUAUUACAUUAGUUACCUUUCACACGUAGAUAAUUACCACAGAUACGAACAAAAAGAAGUGUUGAACUAUAAAUAUGAGAAGAUUAUGGAAAUUUGCGAUUUAUGUUACAAGUUCCUCAAGUCCAAAACGAAUCGCUACUAUAUAAGAAUUGGUAGCGUCAGCAAACUAGGUCAUAGAAAAAAGUGCAAUGUAUGUAUGAGAGAGUUUUUUGAGUUGAACAAAGUGAGGAAGACGCAGAUAAAAAUUAAUUACGGCUUAGAGAAAAAACGGAAUAAACCGUUGACUAAUAACCAAAGGCUCAAAAAUAUACAGAUGCGAUUUAAAAACAUAAAUAAAUUGAGAAAAUUUUAG